UGGAAGUGAAUUAUAUCGGCACAGAUGUUUGCAUAUGUUUCAGUAUCACAAUAUAUUUAUUUUUAAUUCAAAAUUAGAGCUCAACUUAGAUCCAUGUUUUACAAUUGAAAGCACAUAUUUAACAUUUGUUUGUGAUAUAUCAAUAACAAAAGGAUGUUUACGAGCGGAUAUUUAAAGUUAAGCAAACUACAGCUGAUUUACAUCAUCAGUUCUGUUCAACUCGGAUGUCUGUUUGCUCAAAAACCAAUGAUAACCAGUAAUACAGGAGUUUUUGAGACGGACAUUAUAUGUAGCAUUACUGGUCUGGAUACGGUAACACUAAGUUUUUAUGAAGAGGACCGACUGGUAGUUCUAAUAAAGACCAGCAGCGGGAAAUGCCAACAAGAUCCACCAAACCUACCGAAUAACGUUAGAUGUUCUUGCUUGGGAGUAAACGCUUCAUGUACUGUUUCCAAUGGUGCGUAUGGAGAUAAUUGUCCAAGGUGGAAAUGCGCAGUACCAAUCAAAGGUGUUCUACAGUACAGCAAGUUUGAGAACGUGUGCAAAUUUAAACACACAAGUCUCACAAGAAAGAUCAUCGAUGCAGACAAUUGCUCCAACAAUUUACCUAAUCGAUUGAUAUGGUCCAUUAACGGUUUGAACAUUAACUAUAAUAUGAUAUUGUCUAUAUUGAAGACAUAUAAUGCAGCCAAUUUGAGUUCUUUCUUGCAUAAAUACCAGACACAGACUCGUGCGUCGAUUGCUAUAUGUGGAUUCCAAAAACAACCGUAUGAAGAAAAGGCCCUUGAUAUUUUGGAUCCAUCAGAAUUGUGCGUGCUUAAUAGCACAAUGACCCUUUAUAAACCAUGUAACAUCACAGAUGUGAACCCGACAGUAUCCGUAAUCAGAGACCCAACUAUCGUUUCCAAAUGCACAUCAAGCCCGAGAACACAAAUACCUGAAGUGUUGACGCUCUGUGAUGCUGUUAACAGGGUAGAUGUAGGAUUAGAAAUUUUCGUGGGCAACAAAGUCGGUUAUUUCAAAUUGGAGAUUCUUUUAAGAGCGUCAGUGGGAGAUUUCUUUAUAGAAGGUUUCAGCAAUCAGACACACAUAACGUUUUAUGAUACUAAUCAAGUAACGAUAUGGUGCCGCGGUGAUGGUAACCCAGCUCCGGAAAUUCUAUUAUUAAAAAACGGCUUUCAAUACAGUCGUGGGAAAUCGCCGAUUCGAUAUACAAUGACACCAAGUGGCUCCCAGGAUACCGGAAUUUACACAUGCAUAGCUUCUAAUGCACUUGGAAAAGACAGCAAGGAAAUUGAAAUCAACUUUGAUAUUGACACAGAGUUUCAUCGAGGUGAAACGGAGAAUACAAAUAAAAAAGAUGCUAAACAAUCAACAGUCUUUAUCGUUGCGGUCUGUUGCACUGUUUCUGGCAGUUUAUUUUUGUUGACACUUAGUGCGUGUAUUCUCAAGAGAGGUUACAAAUGCGCGUCGCUAGUAAGGAUUAUUCGUUCUACUGCGGUACGAGAGAGCAAUAAUGACAUAAAUACAAACUCUGGACAUUCAGAUUUGAAUACAGGAACCAACUACGCAUUUUUUGACGAUGACGAAACACAAAGUUCCGGCAUUGUGCAUGCGCAUGCAUCGUCAAUAGAGAUUGCGGAAAUGUCACAUGCGUUCGACAAUGAAACUUACGCCGAAAGUAUCAAAAUAUUGGAGGAAGGAACGGUAAACAACCAUUGGUCAGAUAAAAUAAAUGCGGAUACUAUUCAUUUAGUUAAAAAUGUAAUCUUUUUUUCUGUUUAA